CUUCCCUUCCCACCGCGCGGCAGCCGUCGCAAUCCUGGUCCUUUUGCUUGGACGUUCUGUUUCCCGAUUCUUUUCCAAUCCGGUCUCCUGCCUCCCCACGCGUCGUUGGCCAGCAGCGCCUAUAAGUACAAGGGCCCCGGCCUCCGCUUGCACAGCCUGCUUUUUCUCUCUGUUUCUUUCUCGCCAGCCCCAGCCUUCGCCCUCCUCUGCUUUGCGGCGGGGUUUGCUAGGGUUUACCUAGCGGCCAGAGGCGAGUUCGUCCGUCGUAUCAAGCUACGGCCAAGUUCUUUGGUGGAGGAGGUGCAGAUUCUUGUCUCGAGGAGUCGGGCGUGGAGGACUUGAUCUCCCCUCCUUCAUCGCCGGGGCAGACUGCCGCCAGUGAUUAUUCAAAGAAAAAUGGGGAGUCGAAGACAACAUAGUGUCAACAACUUUGGUCCAAGAUUGAGAAAGCCGUCCAUAAGCAAGGCACCAGGCAAACUCAAGAAAAAGUGCCUUGAACAAUUCAAGAGAACUCAGCAGUCGUUUAGGGUGGCGUAUGACGAGCCUAGCCAUGCUAAGGCAGCGUCUCGACCAAAUGUCUCGUCACGUUCUCCAUGGCCAAACAAAGGUACGGCUUCCCCACGGGGAAAUGUCGAGAAGUCUAAGCCCUUCUUCUCUAGGAAGAAUACCCAAAAGGUUAGUCCAUCUCGCGCAGUGCCUAGCGCAAUGCCUAACAGUGGCAUUGAUUCUUUGCAAAAGAAUACUACCAAGUUUAGAACCUCUCCCUUUAUGUCAAAUAGUGGUAAUAGAUCGAGGCCAAACAAUGGCAUGGGUUCUUCGGCAAAGAAUGUGGAGUCUUACUCAAGGUUAAAUAACAUUGAAGCUCCUCGGUCAAAGAAUACCAAGAUGUUGGGAUCCUCUUACUCAAGACCCAAUGAUGAGAUGGCUCCUCAGUCAAUGAAAGCUAGGCCCUUCUCCUCUGGGUUGAAUUGUGGGUCCGGUUCUUUGGCAAGGAACAUAGUAAAGUCUAAGCCCUCUUUAGAUUCAAAUUCCACAUUUGGUGUUUCAAAGAAAUUGUACCCCUCUUUGAUGGUUUGCAACUCACGAAAAGAAGACCAUCCGAUGGCGAUGGAAGCUACAAAUUCCAACUCAGCUUUGAAGGGUAAAAAAGUCAUGGAAGAUAUCUCUAUUUCUUUACCUAGUAAGAAACUUUCAACUCACCAAACGGUCGAGGCAUCAUGCAUGGUUGAUUCAAUCGGCGGGUGCAUUCGAGUUGAUAGUAGAAAGUACAAGUCUAGCCUUUCAGAGCAUGGAAGAACCGAUGUGUACAAAUCUAAGAGUAAGAGGAUGGAGCCGUUGUUGGAAGAAAAGUUUGAGGCACAUGGGGUCGCUAGAUUGAAAAAAUCCAUUAAUAAACUUAACAAUGAGAACACUAGCCUCGGGGAGGAUAAAAGGACCGUUGAUGACAAGUUUAAUAAGAGGAAGAGGACCGAGAAUUGUAGUAAAACAAACAAUAAGAGUAGAUUCGUAGUACUUGAUGAUGAAGACGAUGAUGAUGGUGAUCAAAAUCUCAUCGGUAGUAAAAGUGGUGCUGCUGGAUUGAAAACACAGAAUUAUGGUUCAGAACCUUCAAAGCCACAUCACUAUUGUUCCCUGCCCAUCGAUGAACCUAUUUGGAGUGGAAUCAUUAGGAUAGGCAGCGGAAAAUUUGUUUCGUUGGCUGCACAUUUGUCAACCAAAUACUGUGAGAAGGUGUGGAAAUUGUCAAGAUCACUUGAGCCAGUGGUUGAAGUAACAAAGCUUUCUAGACUGGAGGGUUGGCCGAAGAGCUUUGAGGCAUCAAGGCCCACUGAUGACAACAUUGCGUUGUAUUUAUUGCCCACCGAGAUGAGGCAAGAUGCAGACCUGGAUCAACUUGUUAAAGAAGUCGUGGAGAAUGAUAUGGUCCUACGAGCUAUUGUUGGUGAAGCUGAGAUGCUGAUAUUCCCAUCUAUUCUACUGCCUGAGCAACACCAAACUUUCCAAGGAAAACCCUACCUGUGGGCGGUAUUUAAGCGCAGAAUAGUGGAAGAGGAACAACAUGGCAAAGGACAUCGUGCACAGGAGAAGGGAAAACAGCAGGCUUCACAUUUCAGUGUGGGAGAAGUGUUAAACAUGGAAGCUGGACUUGAAGCUUCUGAGGAACCGGAGAUGCAAGGCAUGGAGCAGGAACAAAAUCCCAAGUUGGCUGGACCCAACGCGCCGAGUCCUACAACUGAAGCUCCUACCGCGGCUGCAGCUACAAUGUCUGCAAACCACUGUCAAGACCACUCAAACAUGGCUGCUCCUACAGGAGCAUUGUUUGGCUUUGUGGUUCAGCGAACUCCGCGACUCGAGCAACUCAUCCAAGAGAUGCAGCGCGAAGGUGCUGUGAUGGUUGCAAUGCAAGGGCAGAUGAUAGGGCCAGGUCUUGGCAUGGGCAGGCAGUAGCAACAGGGUUGAGAGGAGGACGAUUUGGCUUGGAGGCUGUUGUCGUCCAAGUGGCUAGGCAAGGAAGCUGACUUGGACCCGAGCCUUUGUGUACACCAUCGCCUGUGCGUGUCACCAAUAGAUAGAGACAAAUGGGAAUAACCGAACCACGUCUACGAAAUCAACAGCCGCGACCGACUAUUAAGAUCCUCGCGACUUCAGUCUUUUGCAACCUGGUAUCUAGUUAGAGGUUUAGUUUGGUGUUGGCUAAAAUGCAUCUAAAAGUUAUCAUGUCAGCGCAUGUGUUCUCAGAUGCAUUUUGUUCUUCAGUAUAGUUCUGCUUGCAUCUCCUCCCGUGCUGGUGUCGAACAAGCUUUGGCCUAGUUGCUUUUUGCUUGUAGCAUCGAUUUUGUUUUUUCAUUGUAAUCUUUUCUCUCCAUCCAUGCGUUCCUGUAACACUGGCACUGCUGCCUUUUGCUGCGUGCUGUUGGUCCACUUUUUAUUGGCUUUUAUUGGCCCGUACACUUUGUAUCUCUUUA